CUGAGCUCUGAGCGUGAGCCAAUCAUCUGGCCACAUUCCGCUCUGAUCGCGCGCUGGAUUUACAAUUCCGAGCAGCUGCUUUAAAAAAUAACUUGGAGCGAACGCAGCGGUCGCCAUGGGGCAACACGGCGCAAAGAGUCUCCUGUUCCUUAGCAGUUUUAAGGUGAGGGGGAAGCAAGCUGAACAUUCGCGCUAGACAAACAACUGAACUACAAGACAGAAAAGAGUUUGAGGUGCUGAAAAGAUGUUGACACGGACUCUAUCUCGUAUUUCUGGAGAAAGGGAUGAGAGGAGCGCGGAUCAACCAGAGGCGACAGAGAUUUAUGGCUCAACUGUUCACAACUUCUGCUGAAAGCCAUCUGGAAUGACUCGCUUUUUACAAGUCGUGUGAAUAACUUUUAACAAACCAAACCUCGGAGAACAAGUUGGUCCGGGAUGCCAGACAAUAUCGCUUUUCUGACGAACAGCACAGAUUUGGGGCACGUCGGUCGCGCGUUGGGUUCGAGCGCGCGCCCCGCCUGGGCAAUAGCAGUGCUGGCCAGCGUGCUGAUCUUCACCACUGUGGUGGAUGUUUUGGGUAACCUGUUAGUCAUAAUUUCGGUGUUCAGGAAUCGGAAACUGAGAAAUGCUGGCAACGUGUUUGUUGUCAGUUUGGCCUUCGCUGACCUGGUGGUGGCUUUCUAUCCCUACCCGCUGGUCUUGUAUGCAAUCUUCCAUGACGGCUGGUCUCUGGGGGAAAUCCAGUGUAAAGUCAGCGGAUUCCUAAUGGGCCUGAGUGUGAUUGGCUCGGUUUUCAACAUCACUGGCAUCGCCAUCAACCGUUACUGCUACAUCUGUCACAGUUUUGCCUACGGACGUCUCUACAGCUUCCGUAACACUCUGCUGUUAGUGGCCCUGAUCUGGGCUCUCACUGUGCUCGCCAUUCUUCCCAACUUCUUUGUGGGUUCGCUGAGUUACGACCCCCGUGUUUACUCCUGCACCUUCACGCAGACUGCCAGCAGCUCCUACACUGUGGUGGUGGUGGUGGUUCACUUCCUGGUGCCCAUCGCGGUGGUGACCUUCUGCUACCUGAGGAUUUGGGUUCUGGUGAUACAGGUGAGGAGGAAGGUGAAGAGCGAGGAACGCUCAAGGGUGAGACCCAGCGACUUGCGCAACUUCAUCACCAUGUUCGUGGUGUUCGUUUUAUUUGCAAUCUGCUGGGCUCCGCUCAAUCUAAUCGGUCUCGUGGUGGCCAUCGACCCAGAGGCCAUGGCUCCACGUAUUCCAGAGUGGCUCUUUGUGGUCAGCUACUUUAUGGCCUAUUUCAACAGUUGCCUCAACGCCAUCAUUUACGGACUCCUCAAUCGUAACUUCCGAAAGGAGUAUGUGCGGAUCAUGACGUCAGUGUGGAUUCCUCGGAGGUUUGUGACUGAGACCUCCAGGGCUGCCACAGAUGGGAUGAGGAGCAAACCCUCACCAGCCAUCAAUAACAACGAGUGACUUUUGUUUUCAGCCAAUCACUGUUCAGAAGGAAACGUCAUGGAUGCAUGAAGCAAAUUCAUAUGCUUUGAACUGUGAACACUUGACUUUUUUUAAUGCUACGAAACCAUUAUGUACAACUCAGGGUGCUUGUUUUAUUUUCAACCUAGGCUCAUUGGAAAUUUGUGAGUGCCUAAAUUUCUGCAAAACCUGAAACAUGUUGCUUUGGGUACAUUUCACUGAAUUUUUCAGGUGGCACGUCUACAAACAGCGCUAUAAGCCAUUUCAUUUUUUUUCCUCAUUGGAGAUGCAGUUUUAUUAAACAGUACAGCACAAUAAAAAUGACAUUCCCGUGUGUAUGAAAUAGUUGCAAAAUGAUAUUGCAUUGCUUGUAGCAUGUUUCACAGCAGUUUCAAAGCAAAAUAUCCAGUGUUUAGCAAGUUUAAUUUUCUUUGAAACAGCUGAACAUGAAUGAGCUAAUGCUUUAUUACAUUGUUUGUAACAGCAAUUCAGAAAUGAAAUGUCGGGUGAGUGGCGCAAAAAUGCUCCAUUGCCAUUGAAAUUAAUUUACCACCUACACUAAACCCUACCGACAGUGUUAAGAAAAGCAAAUGUCAGGUAAAACCAUUUGCUGAAGCAACCAUGCCAUUUUAGCUUCAAAGCUUUGAGCUCUUUUGUGGAGUGUCGUGACUUGUGGUUUACAGGACUCGUACCAGAAUACUCUGCAUCGCAAAUACAAUGCUGUACCUACCGAGCAAGUUUACUAUGUCAGAAAAACCAUUCAAAUUGAGCAAAUUAUGUGAUGCAAAUGUUAAAACGUAUUAGUCUACAAAUCAUGCAGUAUGAUAAAAGUGUUUUGAGGCCAUUGCAUAGUAUUAUGGAAGGAACCGUGCAAAAACAAGCCUUUUAUUCAUCAAUAAUCUGCCCCAUAAUGAUAAUUUGUGUGAAAAGAGAAGAAAGUUACUGUUUUACGUCUCUAGUGUUCUAGUGUAGUUAUGUAUAGAUGUGUUUAUGCAGUAUGUAGAAAUGUAGGCAGUUCCAGUGAGCCUUGGUUGUAUAUUUUUGAUGUUGUGAUCCAUUUCAGAACAUUAUUAUUAUUAUUAUUAUUAUUAUUAAGAAUAAUAAGAAAUAUUUAACUCACAAUUUAUAUUGAAAAUUAAACAAAGUACAUUUUAAAUCCAUGUAUUUAUGGACUGUUUAUGAUCCAUGACUAUUUAUUGAAGACAUUUUGUACAAUUUUGUGGGUCUGUUGUAUAUAUGUUGUAUAAAUCAGUAUGCAUCACACAUUUUAGUCAUUUUCAAUUCAGAACUUCUGCCUUACACUUGAACUUUCUCAUUAAAUAUGAAAAAAUCCAUAUAUUCAAGGUGCCAAAUGUUAAUGCAUUGACAGGAAGUAUCUCAUAUACCAAAUCAGUUUGUCAUAUCGAACCAAAUGAGAUUCUGAGAGCAUCCUAAUUUAAAUGUAACGUCAACAGAGCUUUAAUGAGCAGAGAGCUUCCAGCACAGCAAGAUAAAGCACAAACUUUGAAAAAAAGCACUUCAUGUGGAUUCUGCAAAGAGAAAUUUAGCUUUUUCAAAGUGAACGGUGACAGCGUGCGGUCAGUCAGUCAUCAGCUUCAAUCUGUGUUCACCUCUUAUCUUUCAAACAUUAAAUGUCAUUCAUGACUUUGGGGUUAUUACUUUGCCAGGAAAUGUGCAUGACUCUGAAACCAUAUAUUUUCUUCAACAAAUGAUCUGCUAGUAAAACGUAUAGCAGGAAUUCUGUUUAAGAUUAAAGGUUACUGGCAAAAGGGGAAAGUAUUAAUGAAACCUGGUUCGAAUGUAUUAUUGUUAUCUGUGCUUGUUUUCAUAUGAUUUGACAAUGUGAGAUUCAAUCCUCCCGCCAUAACGAGACGUUCCAUGCAGUGUGAUUGUACUGCGUGAGAACAUGCUUCACCAUUGACCUGAAUAAAU